CUCAAUCACUUCCACUCAAUUGACUGUAAAUAAUGGACCUCUUCUCCCUCAAAAACACAACCGCCCUCGUCACCGGCGGCACCCGCGGCAUCGGCCAGCAAAUGGCCAUUGCCCUGGCUGAAGCCGGCAGCGACGUGAUUCUCGUCCAGAGAGACACUUCCAACACCGAAACAAAACAACGCAUCGAAUCCCUCGGCCGCAGAGCAACCAUCUACACGGCGGACCUCUCCUCCCGCGAAUCCGUCUCACAACUCACACCUACCCUCCUCUCCGACGGCCAUGACAUCAGCAUCCUAGUCAACUGCGCAGGCAUCCAACGACGCCAUCCCAGCCAUCUAUUCCCAGACAACGACUGGGACGAAGUCCUCCAAACAAACCUAACCACCAUCUUCACUCUCUGCCGCGACAUCGGCGCCUACAUGCUCACUCGCACCCCAGACGCCACCGGCCACCGCGGCUCCAUCAUAAACGUGGCCUCGCUGGUCUCCUUCCAGGGAGGGAUUACAGUCCCUGCGUAUGCGGCUGCGAAGGGCGGCGUGGCGCAACUCACGAAAGCGUUGUCGAAUGAGUGGGCGAGCAAGGGUAUCAAUGUUAAUGCGGUGGCGCCGGGGUAUGUGGCUACUGAGAUGAAUACGGCGCUGUUGAAUGAUCAGGACCGCGCGAAGAGUAUACUUGAACGUAUCCCGGCGGGGAGAUGGGGUACCGCGGAGGAUUUCAAGGGCGUUACGGUGUUUUUAGCUGGGAAGGCGAGUCGGUAUGUCUCGGGAAGUGUGAUGUUGGUUGAUGGGGGGUGGAUGGGGAGGUAG